UCUUGGUUUGUUGUGUUCAUUCUUCUUCUUUCACUGUAACUGCGCUGGAAUCAACAAGAGGGAGAGGAUCGAAUGAGAGAGGGAGAUCGUGAAACUGGAGAGAGGGACUUGAGUUUGAGAAAGAGCUACGCGUGGCUAGGUAAAGAACAUUUGUUUGGUCCGUGGCCUUUUACCGUUCAAAAGCUGGCGAGACUCUAUAAGAAACCACAAUUGGCAUUCAAAUUUGAAACUCCCUUAAAAUUCUCCACUGCUUCUUUACCAAACUUGAUUGGCUCUGCUCAAUGCAUACAGCGACCCAUGAAUCAUGGGCCUCGGUGCUUUUUCGGCCACCCUAACCCGGAAAUCUCCGUCUUCUUCCAGAAAGGCUUCUCAGAGAUUAUCGACUGCAUCACCGGAAGAGCAGUGCAUGCAAUAUGCAUUAAAGAAUCCCAUUUUGACAUUUUCCACAGUAAUACUUUGAUAAGAAUGUACUCGAAGUUUGGGAGAGUUGAAUGUGCCCGUUAUGUGUUCGACCAGAUGCCCCAGAGAAAUGGAGCUUCUUGGAAUAACAUUAUCUCUGGGUACGUUCUUACCUGCCGGUACUAUGAUGCAGUCAGAGUAUUCAUUGAGAUGUGGGGUAUAGGGAUUGAGGUAAACGAGUAUACCUUUGCUAGUGUAUUGACUGCAUUGAGCAGGUCCGAGAGUAUGUGUCUUGAAGGAUAUCAAGUUCAUGGUUUACUCUUGAAGUACGGUUUCUUAUGCAAUAUUUUUGUGGGAACUUCGCUGUUGCAUUUUUAUGGUGCCUAUGGCCUUACUUCUGAUGCUAGAAUCUUUUUUGAGGAAAUGCCUGAAAAGAAUGUAGUUUCCUGGACUUCCUUGAUGGUUACAUGCUCCAAUAAUGGAAAUUCCGAGGAAGCUAUAAGUUUAUUCAAAAGAUUGAGGUGUGGAGGGAUUGUUUGUAACCAGAACACCUUUACUGCAGUGAUCAGUUCAUGUAGUUCUCUUGAAGCAGUUUUUGUGGGUCUUCAAGUGCUAGGUCAUGUUGUAAAAUCAGGGUUUGAAGAUAAUGUUUCUGUGGGGAACGCUCUAAUCUCGAUGUUUGGCAAUUUUAAUUUUGUAGAAGAGGCCUCUCGUGUUUUUGAAGGCAUGAUUGAACGUGACACUAUAUCCUGGAAUUCAAUGAUAACUGUUCAGGCACAUAAUCUACUUUGCGAGGAAGCAUUUAGGUGUUUCUAUUUUAUGCGUCGUGAACACAAUGAUAUAGAUUCAACUACGCUCUCUUCCAUGUUGUCAGCUUGUGGUUCUUUAGAAUAUAUAAAUCAGGGUAGAGGAAUGCAUGGGUUUGUGAUCAAAUUGGGAUUCAACUCAAAUAUGUGUGUUUCUAACACACUUCUUUCAAUGUAUGCUGAUUCUUUCAGAUGCUCAGAUGCUGAAAAUAUUUUCCGCAACAUGCCAGAUAAAGAUUUGAUUUCUUGGAAUUCCAUGAUGGCUGCGUAUGUUUUGGUAGGUAACUACUUCCAGGCCUUAAAAUUGUUGACUGAAAUGCUUCGCAUGGGAAUGUCAGUAAGCUAUGUUACUUUUGCUAGUGCAUUGGCUGCUUGUUCAGAUGCUGAGCAUCUAUCUGAAGGGAACAUAUUGCAUGGACUUAUUUUGACAUCUGGGCUUCACGGGGAUUUGAUAGUUGGCAAUGCAUUAGUUACCAUGUAUGGGAAGCACAGCAUGAUGGUAGAUGCUGAAAAGGUGUUUAUAAAUAUGCCAAAAAAAGAGUUAGUUACUUGGAAUGCAUUAAUUGGCGGCUAUGCGUCUCAUUAUGAAACAGAUGGUGUAGUAAGAACUUUUAAACUGAUGAGGGAGAGCAGUGAACCAUCGAACUACAUUACAAUUAUAAAUGCACUUGGUUCCUGCUCGUCUCCAUUUGACCUUGUGAAUACUGGAAUGCCGAUGCAUGGACAUAUAAUUCUAACUGGUUUUGAGGCAGAUGAGUAUGUGCGGAACUCACUCAUAGCAAUGUAUGCUGAGUGUGGGGAUCUCAAGUCAAGUAACUAUAUUUUUAAUGAUGCAGUUUACAAGUCUUUUGUGACAUGGAAUGUCAUGGUUUCUGCAAAUGCUCACCAUGGCAACUGGGAAGAGGCAUUGAAGCUUUUUCGCAAUAUGCAGAGGGCUAAAGUAGAGUUAGAUCAGUUUAGCCUUUCUUCUGCCCUUUCAGCUGCAGCAAACUUGGGAAGUCUGGAGGAAGGCCAACUGCUUCACUGCUUGGCCACUAAACUUGGUUUUGACUCAUACCAUUACAUUGUAAAUGCUACAAUGGAUAUGUAUGGAAAAUGUGGCGAACUUGAAUAUGUGCUUAAAAUGCUUCCAGAACCAAAUACCCGAUCACGCUUGUCUUGGAAUAUAAUGAUGUCUACGUUUUCCAGACAUGGUCUUUUUCGUGAAGCUAGGGAAGCCUUCCAUGAAAUGCUUAAGUAUGGUCAAAAGCCUGAUAAUGUCACUUUUGUCUCUCUUCUGUCUGCAUGUAGUCAUGGUGGUUUAGUGGAUGAGGGUCUCGCACAUUUUGCUUCAAUGACCACUGAUUUUGGGGUCCCAGUUGCUAUAGAGCACUGUGUGUGCAUUGUUGAUAUGCUUGGAAGAUCAGGAAGACUUGCUGAAGCAGAAGCAUUCAUCAAAGAAAUGGUAGUGCCUCCAAAUGACUUUGUUUGGCGGAGUUUGUUGGCAGCAUGCAGAAUGCAUGGGCAUGCUGAGCUGGCAAAGAAAGCUACUGACUAUCUUCUCGCAUCUAAUCCAAUGGAUGACUCAGCUCAUGUUCUUUAUUCAAAUGUCUGUGCUACUUCUGGGAAGUGGCAAGAUGUCCAAAAUGUUAGGGCUAAGAUGGAAUUAAGCAACAUCAAGAAGCAGCCGUCUUGCAGUUGGGUUAAAAUGAGGGACAAAAUUUACACUUUUGGUAUCGGAGAUGGAACCCACUCAUUAUCUGAACAGAUAUAUGACAAACUGGGGGAGUUAAGGAUAAAACUUAAAGAAGCUGGAUAUGUCCCUGAUACAAGCUUUGCUUUGCAUGACACAGAUGAGGAACAGAAGGAGCAAAAUCUCUGGCGCCACAGCGAGAAACUUGCACUAGCAUAUGCUUUGAUUACUACUGCAGAAGGUUCAAAGCUUCGGAUUUUCAAGAAUCUACGGGUCUGCGGUGAUUGUCAUUCUGUCUACAAACUUGUAAGCAAUAUAGUCAGGAGAGAAAUUGUAUUGAAGGAUCCUUAUCGGUUUCACCAUUUUAGUGGUGGCAAGUGCUCUUGUGGCGAUUAUUGGUAACCUUAUCUACCAUUUUUUGGUGACCUGCCAAAGUUAUCCAAGAAACAACAGAAAGAUAUCAGAUCAAACAAAUUGUGGUUUGAACCGAACAUGUGCAGAUCUUGAAUUCAUCAGAGGAGACUCGAGGCUAAGCAGGCAAAACAGGGAGUCAUCAAAGAAGCAAGCCUUACUUCGUCCUUU